AUGGAAACCCCAUUGCAGUUUCACGAUCUUAUCCAGGAGCAGCAGCAGCAACACAGCCAGCAGCCGCACGAAUGGAUCAGGUGCAACUGCCCGCGUGUCUGCGCCGCUGGCGACAGCCGGCUGCUGUGUAAUUCCUCGCCGGUCACUUUCAGGACCAAUUCUCCCCUCUCCUCGUCCUCCAGGCAAGGCAGCCAGCUGAACGUCAGCGAGCUUUCCCCGUCCUCCGCCAGUCAUGCCAGCUCUUCCAGACACUACCACCAGCACCGGCAGCCCAGCCCCACCAACAACCGCAGGGAGAGCAAUCCCUUCACCGAAAUAGCCAUGAGCAGCUGCAGGUACAACGGCGGCGUGAUGCGGCCGCUCAGCAACCUGAGUUCGUCCAGGAGGAACCUGCAUGAACUGGACUCGGAGUCGCAGCCUCUUCAGCCCAUCUUCACCACGGUCGCCCCGGAGAUCGUGGUCUCCAAGCCGGAGCAAAACAACUCCACCACGGUCGUUUCUUAUGGGGGCAGCGGGAGUGCCGGUGGCGGAGGAGGAAACGGUGGGAAUAACAGUAAAUCCAGCAAAAAGAAAAAUAAUAACAUUGGCUACAAGCUGGGACAUAGAAGAGCUUUGUUUGAGAAAAGAAAACGAUUGAGCGACUAUGCUUUGAUCUUUGGUAUGUUUGGGAUUGUAGUGAUGGUCAUUGAGACUGAACUUGCGUGGGGGGCUUAUCAGAAGGGAUCUCUAUAUUCAUUAGCUCUAAAAUGCCUUAUUAGCCUUUCUACCAUCAUUCUGCUUGGUCUGAUCAUUGUAUAUCACGCGCGGGAAAUUCAGUUAUUCAUGGUAGACAAUGGCGCAGAUGACUGGAGAAUAGCCAUGACUUAUGAACGGAUUUUUUUCAUCUGUUUGGAAAUAUUGGUAUGUGCUAUUCACCCAAUUCCUGGAAACUACACUUUCAUAUGGACAGCACGCCUUGCCUUUUCAUACACAACAUCUACAGCAAUAGCAGAUGUGGAUAUAAUCUUAUCGAUACCAAUGUUUCUUAGGCUUUACCUUAUUGCUAGAGUAAUGCUGUUGCAUAGCAAACUUUUUACGGAUGCUUCAUCAAGAAGUAUUGGAGCACUGAAUAAAAUAAACUUCAAUACCCGUUUCGUAAUGAAGACUUUAAUGACGAUAUGUCCAGGAACAGUACUGCUGGUUUUCAGCAUCUCAUUGUGGAUAAUUGCAGCAUGGACUGUCCGAGCUUGUGAAAGAUAUCAUGACAGCCAGGAUGUCACAAGCAAUUUUCUUGGAGCAAUGUGGCUUAUUUCUAUCACCUUCCUUUCCAUUGGAUAUGGUGAUAUGGUACCGCAUACAUAUUGUGGGAAAGGAGUUUGCCUACUCACAGGGAUUAUGGGUGCUGGCUGUACUGCUCUGGUUGUAGCUGUGGUCGCACGGAAGCUGGAGCUUACCAAAGCAGAAAAACAUGUGCAUAAUUUUAUGAUGGAUACACAACUGUCAAAACGAGUGAAAAAUGCAGCUGCCAAUGUUCUCAGGGAAACAUGGUUAAUAUACAAAAACACAAAAUUGGUUAAAAAGAUUGACCAUGCAAAAGUGAGGAAACAUCAACGAAAGUUCUUGCAAGCCAUCCAUCAGUUACGAAGUGUAAAAAUGGAACAACGCAAGUUAAAUGAUCAAGCAAAUACUUUGGUGGAUCUUGCUAAGACGCAAAACAUUAUGUACGACAUGAUCUCAGACCUGAAUGAAAGGAGUGAAGAUCUUGAGAAAAGGAUUGUAACAUUGGAGACUAUAGAGACAUUAAUAGGAACUAUCCAAGCUCUACCUGGACAUAGUCAAACGGUCAGCCAGCAGCAGAGGGAAUUUCUGGAAGCUCAGAUGCAGCACCAUGAUAAACAAAUACCUUGCAGUGCUGAGCGAUCACGAUCAUCGACCAGAAGGAGAAGGUCCUCCUCAACAGCUCCACCAACAUCAUCAGAAAGUAGCUAGAAGUGAAUAUUUUAACCACUAGAAGAACUUUUUUUUGCCAUCAUAUGGUUGAUAUUUUAGCUUUUAUUGUAAAGCCCUAACAAUACUAAACAGUGUUAUCCGGAUUCUG